UUCUGUCUCGCCUUUUCAGCUCUUUUCAGUGUAACGCCGGACUACAAAAAAUCAAUUGAAGUAGAUUUUCAAUGCAUUUGACAUUCGCGUUCAUUCGCAAAUCGUAUUUCAAGCUCAAUCGACGAAAAGUGCUUUUCAACCAUGCUCAGCAUUUUUAAUAUACCAUCACCUGAUCCCCAUCCCUUGCCAUUGACAGAUUCACCAUGGCCGAUCUUUCUGAUACUCACAAGCUAUUUUAUAUUCGUCUUAAAAGUGGGUAAGAUCUAUAUGCGAAAUCGAGAACCGUACGAUUUGACGAAAGUGCUACGCGUCUACAAUCUUGGCCAGGUGGCAUACAACCUCAUCGUCUUUGCUGUUACAUUCUACUUUUUGAUCAUUGAAGGCAUUUGCAAUCUGCACUGCAUGGAAACCUUUCCCUUUGGGCAUCAGCACAAAAACGUGGAGCGCUACCUCCACUAUGCCUACUACAUCAAUAAGAUAAUUGAUCUGCUGGACACGAUAUUCUUUGUGCUGCGCAAGAGCUACAAGCAGAUCACAUUUCUGCAUCUCUAUCAUCACGGGAUAAUGUUCCUAGGAUGCUAUUUGGUUAUGCGAUUCCAUGGCACCGGUGGUCACUUCAACGUCCUGGGCCUACUCAACACUUUCGUGCAUGCCAUCAUGUAUUUCUACUACUUCCUGUCGGCGUACUAUCCGGGCGUCAAGUCGAACAUUUGGUGGAAGAAGUAUAUAACGAUAGUACAACUCGUACAGUUCGUAUUGCUCUUCUCCUAUUCGGCGUAUGUGCUGAUCUUUGCCGAGAAUUGCAACUUCCCCAAAGGUUUGAUAAUGUUACUAGGUUUUCAGGCCAUGCUCAUGAUGUAUAUGUUUGGCAAUUUCUAUGUCAAGACCUAUACAAAGAUACCAAAGAAGAAACACCUGCGACCCAAGCAGGGCUAGUCAUAAUGAACAAAUUUUUGUUU